GUGAAAUGUUGCGACGACUGCUCCACCCGCUCCACCCCUGCCGGAUGACUUCGACGCAAGCUGAACAUGGGAGACGGUCACAGCAAGGACAGUGGAUGGAGAAAGUCAAGGUAUCCAUAGCUUCAAGCCGCGCGAUCCGUGGAGGCAACUACGUGCAGCUUGCCACAGUGGACGAGACAGGGCAGCCGCACUGCCGCACCAUCGUAUUCCGCGGCUUCGUUGCCUUGCCAUCGGGCGGCCUCGCGUUGAAAAUGAUCACAGAUGCCCGCAGUGACAAAGUCAGCCAAAUCCAGCACAAUCGCUCAUGUGAGAUGGUAUGGUGGUUCUCCCAGACAUCCGAGCAAUACCGCAUCGCUGGCCACCUUGAGCUUGUCGCUGCCGAUUCGACAAGUCCUUGGGCGGUGGCGGCGCGAAGCGAGCAGUGGAAUGCAUUGAGCGACACGGCCAAACAACAGUUCUUCUGGUCCAAGCCAGGCAUGUACGACCCCCUUGUUGCUUCGUCCGUCGCAAACGAAGGCGGUCAUGGCCUUCCCCCGGCGACAUUUCUGCUGGUGCUGCUCCAGCCGUCCAUUGUCAAGUACCUCCGACUCAGCGAUAACGCCACCCUCCACGAAGCAUUCCUUCCAGACGGAACGUGGGAACGUCGGUCGUCCAUCCAAUACUAAUUUUACUAUCAACUAACGUUACUUGAACGUACUAACCAAU